GUGAUAAUACCUCACGCAUACUUUUCUGAAUCUCGAGUUCCAUUCAAUCCUGAGAAGCCCGCUUCCAUGAGCCUACGUUCUCUCCUGACUGCCUUCGUGGCGGUUUCGGCCGUCCCGCCAACGCUGGCUGAGCUCUCGACCCUUGAAGGGUUCGGGCCAAGCGCCGAAGUCGCUGCUCAGCGAGGUCCUCAAGUAUUCAACUCGGUGUACGAUGCACUAAGGAAAUGGGGAGCCGUCGUUCACCCAAAUGGCAUGUCCCUCUUCCUGGCCACGGUCCCCGAGGGUGUCAUGCUGCAUCAUGGCAAUAACCGCAACCAGACUCCCACCCAGCUCGAUUGGCUAGCCUACGAGAUUGAGCAUUCAGAGAUGUUCGCUCGUCCUCGAGGUCCUCCAGGAGGUUCCCCAGGAGGUCCCCCAGAUCACGAAGGAGCAUCAAACCACCACCACAAACGGGAAAAGGAUGAUCAGGCGCCUCUAUUCGACUACGGCGCCAUGCCACUCAAAGACGAAAGCGCAAGCGGCUGGCUGCACACUUAUCGAACCACGAGGCCGCUUCGCUUCCUCUACAUCGACGGCAUGAGUGGCAACAAGGGCAGUUCCGGUGUCAGCGAUACCCAAGACUUCCUUCUGCGUGGCGUGAGAGACGUCGACUCAGACUGGCCCCCGAGUCCCAAAGACGGCAAAUCGACGAGGGGACCUCCAGGCGAGCACCAACGCGCGCUGGAUCUUUGCCAGCUCUGCGCCGAAUGGGACCUACAGGGCGUUAUCCGAACCGAGAGCCCUGGCUUCGAGAUCAUCAAGUGCAACUUCUUUGACGGGCUGGAGCAGAUCCAGUCGCUGCAACGGUCGGGAACAAGCGGCAACCGUCCCCCAGGUCCGCCUCGAGGAGACAAGCCAGGAAAAUACGGUGGUCCUGGGAAGCCGAGGGGGCCAGGAGGACCUGGAGGACCUGGAGGAGGUGGAUGGCGCCGAGAUGAGGCAGAUCGGAAUCGCGAGGUUGGUUCCAGCCGCACCCUCUUGGACUACUCGUCCAUGGUCUCAGCCUAUUUCUUCCCGGUCAACAUCACAAAUCCUGACAGCAGCACACCGGAGCUUCCGCGGCUUGUGAAUACUACCCAGGCGGAGAUGGCUGUCGUCAAGGCGUAUCUGGCCAAGGUAGUCAAGGAGCGACACGAUGUCCCCAUCUCGUCCUUCAACUGGCGCGAUAUCGCAGACCUUGUCGUCCGCCGCUACGCCCCCAGACUUCCAGCCAUGGCUAACAAGACCGAGUCGGUGGACGACAUGGCUCAGCAGAUUCGGUUCCUGCUCGAGGUUUUCAUCGACUACUCUGUGGAAGAUGCUGAAACUCGCGACGCAGAGGCCCAGGAGCGCUGUGCGACCUUUUAUCUUCAAACGAUGCCAAUAGAGACGGACGCCGAUCGGUUCAUUUAUGCUGCGUUCAAGGCCGUCAAUGAGGAGAUUUGUGCUGCCCUCUUCAAGGUUCGAAGCCUCGUCGUCCUUGACCCAGAUGCCGGAGACGAGUUACUCGCAGAGGCCAAGUCUAUCGUGAAUUCACUGAUCAGUUAUUUGGCGUGGACAGUACUGGAAUAGUAUGUGUAUAGUAUCUGAUGCAAAGUUGUAGAUAUAAAUUCAAGGAAAUUCAGUAGCUAGUUGUGUUCAUAACUAAAGGUCUUCGAACUUCA